AUGGCAGAACCAGACUCCAUCAACGCCCAGGCGAAGACGAAACGGAAGGUGCUGCAGGCCCACGUGAAGUUCUUGAACCAGCGCUCCGCUGAGGCCAAUACAUUGCUGUCUGGCACUCCAACUCCGGACGAGAUAAGUAGUCUGAUUACUGUAUUUGCUUCUACGAUAAAGAAAGGCGAGGAAUUGUUCGACUUGUUUGCUAAUGUGGUAUACGACUUUGAGGCUACAAAAAAGGGUGAUAAAGAGAAAAAGAAAUACGAUGAGCAGUAUGUCGAUGUGGUUGUGGAAUUAAUUACGGAAUGCAAUGAUCUAUUGGCACAGUUACGAGGAAAGUCAGCACAGUGUAAAACAGCAUCACCAGUGGAGAUCAUAGAUCUGACGAAGGUCAUGGAAGCCAACACGAAAACACAGGCAGAAACAGCGAAGCUAUUAAACCAGUUUGUCUCAGAACAAGGUGCCGCCAAUGGCACUCCAGUCACAGUAUCAAGUUCAACGAAGCUUCCUGUCCUAAAAAUACCUGUGUUCAAUGGCAAUGUGUUGCAGUACCCAGAAUUCAUUGACAUGUUUGAAUCCACUAUUCACAAUAAUACCAAGCUGUCCAAUGUGGAAAAAUUAGUGUACUUGAGAAAUCACCUGAGCGAUGCAGCACUAGAUACCAUAACGGGCAUUACCUUAACGGGCAAGAAUUAUGCAGCAGCAUUAGGGCUCCUAAAAGAGCGAUUUGGAAAGCCACAAGUAAUUGCCAACAUGACGUAUCACAAGCUUGUUGCCAUUAAGCCACCAGUGAACACAUCAGUAGCGUUGCAUUUGUCGAAACAUCCAGCCAUUGCAAAAUUGCCACUAGCUGAGCCCCUUGGCACCGAAAGCACCCAGGCUCCGAUUGACAUACUAAUUGGGAGCGACCAGUACUUUGAAUUUGUGGGUCUGGAGCAUUUGAAGUUGGGAAAUGGGAUUGUAAUGCUUGACACGAAACUGGGUUUCAUCCCGACGGGUAAAGCAGACCAACAUGAUUCAAGGCCAGAUAUCCAUGCAAUGUGCACGUCUGUUGAAAGCGAAGUACAACAUCCAGAUUUCGACCUACAGAAAUUCUGGAAGCUAGAGCAGAUUGGCAUAGAUGAAGAUAAUGGAGUCACAGAUGACACCCUAGCGUACGACAACUUCAAUGCAAAUGUUGAGUUCAUUAAUGGUCGUUAUGUAGUGUCAUGGCCAUGGAAAUUAGACCCAGAAACUUGCCUACCAGAGAACUUUGAUUUGGCCAAAGGUAGAUUGAAAUCUCUCAUGCACAGAAUGGAAAAAACACCAGAAGUACUCACGAAGUAUCACGAAACGAUACUGGGACAAAUGGAAAUGGGUGUAAUUGAAGAAGUCAACGACUCUAGCAGCGAACUACGCAGUGACAACAACAAUGGCAGUCACACUGACAACAACGCAGAGAGCAGCGUACAUCACUACAUACCACACCACUGUGUAGUCAAGCCGAGCAGCACGACAACGAAGAUACGCGUAGUGUACGACGCAUCUGCCAAGACGAAGGAAGGCAACAAGUCACUUAACGAGUGCAUCCACAGAGGCCCAGUGCUGCUGCCAGACCUUUGCGGCAUCCUCCUUCGCUUUCGUUUGAAUCCCAUAGCAAUGAGCAGCGAUAUUGAGAAGGCAUUCUUGCAAGUCGGCUUACAUGUCCGUGACCGCAAUGUCACACGCUUUCUUUGGGUUCGAGACCCCAGCAAGCCUCCCAGAGGUGACAACAUCGUCAUCUACAGAUUCUGCCGCAUCCCCUUUGGCGUAAUCGCAAGUCCAUUCUUGCUUGGUGCCACCAUACGACACCACAUCAGUUCUUCAGAGAACACGCAAUCGCAGGCUGUAGAGAAUAACACUUACGUCGACAAUGUCCUCGGCGGAGCGGAAAGCGUAGAAGACGCAGUAGAGUACUAUCGAGAAGUCAAGGGCAUCUUCGCUCAUGCAUCAAUGAAUCUACGGGAGUGGGCGACAAACUCCGAGUCCCUCAAGCAGCAGAUCCCCGAGAGCGAUCGCGCAAUCGCUCAACUCGUCAAGGUCCUUGGUAUGGAGUGGGACACAAACUUGGAUGUGCUAGGGCUCACUCCAAACCCAGCUGAACUAAAAAACGUUCAGACGAAGCGACACAUGCUGAGCGUGUUAUCAUCGUUCUACGAUCCACUGGGAAUCUAUUCGCCAAUCGUAUUCCGCGCGAAGGUUCUACUUCAGGAGAUCUGGAAACUGAAGUGCAAUUGGGACGAUGUCUUGCCAGCAGCUAUUCUUACAGAGUGGCAUGAGAUAGCUCAUGACUUAUCCACAGCCAGCCAAACCAGAAUACCAAGACUUGCGAGUUUCACUUCCAACGUUGAACCAAGGUAUGAGCUCCAUGUUUUCUGUGACGCAUCAAAGGCAGGCUACGGAGCUGUGGCGUAUCUACGCACUAUCUCGACGAACGUGUCUGUUCGCUUACUCUUUGCCAAGUCUCGUGUGGCACCGUUAAAGGAAACAACAAUACCGAGGUUGGAGUUACUCGCAGCCACGCUAGGUGCUCGAAUGAUCAACUUCUUACGGAAAGAACUCCCUCUUCAGCUCACUACGUACUUGUGGUCAGAUUCUCAAUGUGUGCUAGGAUGGGUGAAAGGGAAGGGCAAGGAUCUGCCGACGUUCGUAGCACAUAGGGUCGCAGAAAUCAGCCGCAAUGAAGACGUGCAAUUCUGUUAUGUGAACACAAGAAGCAAUCCUGCCGAUCAACUCUCAAGAGGCACCACGACUGCAACCCUCCUCAAGAGUAAUCUGUGGUGGACAGGUCCCGAGUGGUUGGCGGAUGUACAAUGGGCACCGGAUACUGAUUCUUGUCAAGAAGAAGUCCUUCACGCCGCUUUGUCGGGGGAGGGUCCUGCGGAGCAACAGGCGAGCAACCCCCCACCGGCUGGUAUUCAUAUUGAGAAAUCAUCAUCCUUCGCGAAAGUGAUCAGGGUUACAGCAUGGGUACAGCGUUUCAUAAAGUCAGCAAGAAAGUCUCGUCCAACAUCACCAUACUUAUCGGUUGACGAACUUCAGACCGCGGAAAUGCUUUGGCUGAAACAUGCGCAAGCCAAUGAUUACCCAGCAGAACUGGAAGCCAUCAAGAACAACAAGAAAACCAAGAGCGACUUGAUGUUCAAGUUGGGUCUCUUUAUUGAUGAAGAAGAUGGCCUAAUCAAGUGCAGAGGCAGGAUGAAGAAUGCAGAACUGCCAUCAAAUGCUAAAUUCCCGAUUCUCCUCUGCGGAAAGAGUGCGCUGACGAGAUUGAUCAUUUCUGAUGUACACCAGAGAGUUCUCCACGCUGGCGCUAGUCACACGCUUGUGGAAUUACGUAAACGCUUCUGGGUGACACGAGGUAGAAAAGAGGUCACGAAUGUAGUUAAUCAGUGCAAGGUAUGCAAACGGUUUGAGGGUGGCCCCUUUGCAAUGCCCAAGUUCGCACCUCUCCCCAAAGAACGGGUAACCCGCAGCGCACCAUUUGUCAGGACUGGCAUUGAUUACUUUGGGCCCCUGACUGUUAAAGCCAAUGGAGAAAACAAGAAAGUUUGGGUGGUACUGUUCACUUGUCUGGCAACACGGGCAUUGCACUUAGAGCUUGUACUAGAUAUGACUACUGACAGCUUUCUAAUGGCGUUUAAGCGAUUCGUCGCUCGCCGCGGUACACCGGCUACAAUCGUGUCUGAUAAUGCUAAACAGUUUAAAUUGGCAGACGUCACAAUGGAGCAAUUGUGGAAAUCCAUUAAUACCAAUGCGAAUGUAUUCUCGACACUUGCCACUAUGGGUAUUGAAUGGCGGUUUAUCGUUCAACUAUCACCAUGGAUGGGAGGGGUGUAUGAACGCCUCGUCCAGUCCGUAAAGCGAAUGCUCAGGAAAUCCCUCGGUAAACGAAUUCUAAAGGCCGAGGAACUUUGCACACUGCUGACAGAAGUAGAGGGAAUUCUGAACAGUAGGCCUCUCACGUAUGUGGGUGAAGAUUUCAAUGGGUUUAUCCUCACACCAGCGCACUUCUUGUGCCUCAACAACACUCUAACACUGCCGGGUGAGCAGUUAGAUACGAAUGAUCCAGAUUUCUGUGUCAACGCCUCGGGUGAUUUACUUCUCCAGAAGUUCAAUGUAUGUCAGCAGCAGCUGAAUCGCUUCUGGCAAUUAUGGCAAGACGAGUAUCUAGCAACACUGAGAGAGCGUGGCGAUUACCAGCUACGACAAGGACGUAUUCGUGCCACUGACGAGCCAGCAGUUGACACAGUUGUCAUCAUCCGCGAGGAAACACUGCCCCGAGUUAGCUGGCCAAUCGGCCGCAUUGUGAAACUGCACGAAUCUUCAGAUGGUGAGACAAGAUCCGCCACCAUUCAGCUCCCCACUGGUAGGACAGUCAGACGGUCACUAUGUCAUCUUUACCCGCUGGAAUGUCCAUCAACACCAGCACAGGUGAGUAGUGAACCCGAACCAGUACCGGCAACUGAGAGCGCAUCCAGUAGUGAUACCACCAGCAUGACUCGGCCCAAGCGGCACGCAGCAGCUCGGUUUCAAGAACAGCUAGGUGAGCUUAUACGAGACGGAGCAGUUUAG